CAAUGGCAGGCCUGAACCUCUAGAUUGUACCUAACUCCUCUUUAUCUUCUUGUUUUCUGAAGCCAAGGGAAUCUAACGCAAUCUGCCCGUGGACGGGUUUGCCGUACUCAUCAUGAGGCCAUCUGUUGAUGAUUCCGAGAACGAUGGCGACAAUGUCAAGCCGGAGCCGUACUUUGGACCGGAUCCUGUGGUCAUGGCCAGUGCCUCUCUGGUUCAACUCAAAUUCGGUCCUUGGGUUUGGGUGACCCGAGAUUCAUUGGAUUUGAUCACGGAGGGAAGUUGGCCAAUUCCUUCCAUGACUUUUUUGUUCAACGGGGAAACGGAGGAGUUCAUCACGAGGGUACUUAAUCGGACCUAUGAAACGGGACAACUGGGCGAUGAGGUUGAGGUUAUAGAGAAAUGUCGGGAGUUCUUCAGGGGCAAUUACCCCUGUUUGGGAGUGGAUUUUGAGGAGUCUGAUGAUUUUCCGUACAAUCUCAAAUUUGCUAAGAAUUGCUUGAAAUUGGUCCAUUUGGAUCGACAGCCAUGUAGUUUGGAGGGUCUGAAAUGUUCGAAUUGCUCGUCGAAACAAAAUGAUUUGUCGUCGGAGUUGCCAAUCCCGAUCGAAGUCAUGCCAGAUAUUAAGACGGAGAAUACGGAUUGUGAAGCCAAGAUUACCGUGGAGGCAAAAAUCGGGUCUGCCACGGACAUCCUGGAUGAUGCGGAGGACAUUUUCAUGGAUGAACUCCCACUGAGCCGAAAUCGUGGCAAUGUGAAAUGUGAAUCACCGGUCGAUGAAUUGAUGGUCAAGGAUGAAUCGGACUCUUUUGAGAUCAUGCAGGAUGUCAUCGAAAAUGAAGAUGAGGAUGUUUUGACCACUAGGAAAUGUACCCGGCGACGGAACCGAGCCAAGGGGUUCUAUGCAAUGGAUUUAUACCCAAGUGAUGAUGAAGAGAGGAGUGGCAAAGUCAAGCGCCAUACACAGAAGGAUGGCACUAGGGAAUCGGCCGUGAAGCCAUCGGCAACCCCUUCUCGUGCUCGGAAAAGAUUGCCAGUAAAGGAGCGGAAGAAUAUCCCUCAAGAGCUUGUUCGGCCGCCUUUUUUCGAGAUCGACUGGGAGGGUAAAAAGGUUAAAGUGAUCGUAUCUUGUCCCAAGGAUGAGACUUGGGUAUGCCCCAUAUGCUCGGCGGGUAUGAAAGGUGUGACUAAAACCACGCACUUGCGAACGCAUAAUUUGUUCAGAACCCAGUGUGAAGUGUGCGGCAUGGCUCAUUUGUGCCCAUAUCGAAUCUGGGACCAUUAUAAAGAAGACCAUUCUGAUUUAGACACGUGGAACGCCAAAUGUGUGGUCUGUUCCGAGAUGAUGGAUAUCAAAGAAUCGAGAGAAAAGUUCCGAAAUCACUUGGUUGGUUGUCAGAAACAAGCUGGGCGAGUGAAACGAAAUAUGUCCUACCAACACUACCAAAUGGCCCGGAAGAAUCCUACCAUGUGCGACUUGUGUGGCAAGACAUUUCAGUCGCCAUUGCAUAUGCAAAAGCAUGCUGACCGGGUUCAUGGUGAAAAGCGAGCCAAAUGGAAGUGCUACCUAUGCCCUGAUGAGAUGAACCCCGGGAAAAAAUCCCACCAUUUAAGAAAAGCUCAUUAUCAUGCACGCUUUGAGUGCACCAUCUGUUUCCAAUUGGAGAAGACUGCCCGCGACUUCUUCAAGCAUGUCCAAGUCAACCAUCCUGGUGAAAUGAAGAGCUCCAAAUGUCCUCAGUGCAAGAAAGAUAUUCCUCUAGAUCUUGGAUACGGCUCAAACUUUGCCGAUCAUCAUGAGCAAUGUCUCAGGCUCCACCUGAAGUCGUUGCUUGACAAGCGGAAGGAAAGGAUCUACUCCAAGCCCAUGAAGUUCGCUUGUCCAUUGUGUCCAAAGAAAUAUCCAGUCCAGUACAUGCUGAACACUCAUGUGAGGAUUCAUAAGGAGGUCAGUCACUACUGUGACCUCUGUCGAUAUAAGACCCAUUCAGCACCCCAUCUCAAGGAGCAUAUGAAAGAGGUUCACGGUCAAGGUUCUGAUGACACCAAAUGUAGCUCAUGUAGUCAGAAAUUCAGGUCUCACGCUUUAUUGGAAACGCACAUUGAGUCAGUGCAUGGAGCAGCUCCCAAGUAUCAAUGUGAUAUCUGUCUGCACAAGGUCAAGUCAAAGCUUCUACUGAGAAAGCACAAAAUGGCAGCUCAUCCGGAUGAAGACGAAUCCCAAUCUGGUUCUCGAGAUGAUGAUAUGGGUCAGGAGGAAUCUCCUGGAUUGUCUUACAACUCUUUGAUGGAUCCGGCUAUGUUGUACCAGAUACAGAAUGCAUCUAGCUUGGCCCAACAAGCAGGUGUUGAUCCUUCGAAUGCCUUUCCAUCCAACAUGUGAAGAUUUGAACCAUUUCUGGUGAACCAAGGCUCAAGGGUUAUUAUUCAAUGCUGUGUCUGCAUUGAAUGAAGUCAAAGGGAGCUCUUUAUAAAACCGCAAUAUCGAUUGUUAUGAAUGAAUUUAAAUGGUGAACAAAUAUAAGACAGAGGUGUUUUUGCUUGCUGUAAUCACUAUU